UGACAAAAAAAAUUAAAAACCAUGCCCAUUUAUUCCUGAUAGUUCUAGAAUACAACAUUAUUUUCUAUAAAUAUAUAUAUACCAUAAAUAUACAUUUUAUUAAGCACUUCUCUUAAAUACAUGUCAAAAGCGCAGAUCCAGAGUUUACCCUGAAUAACACAGAUGGGUUGCCAUGGUAGGCGGGGUCAUGAGAAGAGAGCUAAUUUUUCUGUCGCUGGAACACAUUUUAGUGUAAUAUGAAACCCAUAAAAUAUUAGUACUGGCAUUUAUUAAUGUGUCUGUGGAAAAUGUAACAAAUGCAUAAUCCAUAUUCAUCAUAGCCCUGAUAUUAGUUUAAAACAUUUUUCAGGAGUGGAUCCAGAGAUGUCCAAGUUGCGUACCCGGUGAAGGCUGGUUACGACGAUUUGGUGGCACAUCGAUUGAGUAUUUUCAUUCAUCUGGCCAUUUUAGCACUUUGCAUUUGUUUUAUUAACCGCCAGAGCAACACAAAUAUGGACCAUGAUAUGUUGGCAGAUGAAAUUGAGAGGAGAUACAUAGAUGAACCCUGGCAAGUUGGGCCAAGCAAUACCUGGGAUAAGAGCAUUAAACAAACGUCACACCGACUUGUAGAAGUGUCAAAAAAUGAUGAAUAUAAGCAUAUACAGAAACUGUUCAACAAGACACUUCCGGAAGGAAAUAUAAUAAAACUCGAACGGGUUGAAAAUUAUAAUUGUCGGGCUGCAUAUGGACGGCGAAAAGAAAUAAUGAUUAAAACGAAUUGCUUUGACGAACGUCAACUUUUUCAUGGUACUGAAGAAGAAAAUGUUGAUGACAUUUGCCGAGAAAAUUUCGAUUUCCGUCUGAGUGGGAAGCGAAUUGGUGCUAAAUAUGGUAACGGAGCAUAUUUCGCACGAAACGCUAAGUAUGCUAAUGACUACGCAGAAGCCGAUGAUCACAACAUAAAAAAGAUGUUUGUAGCACGAGUUAUGGUCGGUAGGUACACCCGUGGAACACAGGGCAUUCGAAGACCGCCAUAUAAAGAUCCUGAGAAUAAAUCAAGAGGAAUGUAUGAUUCUUGCGUUGACAACACAAGUGAUCCAAAUAUCUUUGUGUUAUUUGAUAACCAUCAAGUAUAUCCAGAAUACCUGAUCACAUAUUCAACCGCCAGUGUCAAUCAAACAUCCUAUAGUAAUAGCAACCAGCAAUCCUCCCCAAACACUUAUUCCAGGCAGUCAUUAAACGCCAAUCAAACUUCUCAUAGUAGAAGCAACCAACAACAGUCACCAAACAAGAUUAACCCAUUGCCUUCCAGGCAAUCUAAAAGAAGUGUGGUGGGUGUCUAUCAAACAUCUUAUUAUAGUAAUAGCAACCAGCAAUCCUCCCCAAACACUUAUUCCAGGCAGUCAUUAAGCGCCAAUCAAACUUCUCAUAAUAGAAGCAACCAACAACCGUCACCAAACCAGAUUAACCCAUUGCCUUCCAGGCAAUCUAAAAGAAGUGUGGUUGGUGCCAAUCAAACAGCUUAUAGUAGUAGCAACCAGCAAUCCUUCCCAAACACUUAUUCCAGGCAGUCAUUAAGCGCCAAUCAAACUUCUCAUAGUAGAAGCAACCAACAACAGUCACCAAACCAGAUUAACCCAUUGCCUUCCAGGCAAUCUAAAAGAAGUGUGGUUGGUGCCAAUCAAACAGCUUAUAGUAGUAGCAACCAACAGUCAUCGAAUCAGAUUAACUCAUUACCUGACUGGUUAAGACAACUAUAUCAGUCUUCUGUGCAAUCUAUAAGAAGUGUAGUUGGUGCCAUUCAAACAGCUUAUAGUAAUAGCAACCAGCAAUCCGCAAACCCUGCUAGUAAUGUCAACCAACAAUCUCCAAAUACUUAUAACACUUGGCCUUCCAUACAGUCAAUAAAAAGUGCACUGGAUAACAUUAAUAAUGAUAAUUUUACAGAAUUAGAAAUAUUUUCAUUGUUUUUAUUAUUCAUGACAUCAGUUUCAUUAUUACUAACCUACACCCCUUCUUAUGUUUUUUUUAUCUAUCUAUUGUUUUGUUUCGUAUCUAUUGUACGGCCACCCAACGUGAUCUAUUGGAUGAAUGUUUGGUGGAGGUGUGUGUAUAGGAAGGAAAUAUGCCUAAUAGUCAUUUUAUCAUUAUUGUUAUUAUUAUCAUUAGUAUCACAAUUAUUUACAGAUUGGGUUCCAAUUUUGUCGUCAGUUUGUUAUAAUAAUUUUGACAUGUAUAUACUGUUUUCCCUCUUUAUAUCCGCCAAGAUGUAUGUAAAUGAGAUGGAAAUUGAUGUCAAAUCUGUGUGUCAAUUUGUAUUAUUAUCAGAAUUAUUUAUAGUAUUAUUGUUACCAGUAAUUCUGUUAUUUCUAUAUUUAUUAGAAGUAUUAAUUUUAUUUUGUUACAAUCAUUUUGUUAUAUUGUAUCUAAUGAUUUCCACUGUGAUAUUUGUUAAUAUAUAUGCAAAUAAGAAUAUGGAUGUUAAAUAUAAAUAUAAGUGUGGCUUAAUAUCACAAUUAUUCAUUUUAUUUAUGUUACUAAUAUUACCAUUAUUUCUUUAUAUAAUACAAAAAUUACUAUUAUGUCGCUAUAAUAUGCUUGUUAUGUAUGUAGGUUUACUGUUUUUUAUUUUUAUAUACGCCAGCAUCUAUGAAUACAAAAUGAAUAUAAAGGACGGGCAUGUGUGUAAGUGGGUAAUAAUAUCAGAAUUGUUAAUACUGUCAUUGUUCCCAGUAUUGCAAUUAAUUAUAUAUAUUUCGCAGAUAUUAGUAUAUAUUUUUCUCAUUUUAUUUAUAUUGGUUUCCAUUAUCAUACCGACCCUGAUCUUAAAUCUGCUAUGAAAAUAUGUAAUAAUUAUCAUUUUACAGUAAAAACUUUCGAAAAGCAACUGCCGACACAGAAUUAUUAGAUUUUAAAUAUUUCGCCCAUUUCUAGAUGGCGGGAAAUGAGCUUUCUUGACUUCUGAAAUUUCAUUUAUAAAUGACUUUUUAAAUUCUUCAAAAUUCAAAGUUUUCCCCUCUUGA